AACACCAAGUUAAACAUUGCUCAAAGAAGCUUGAGUCUCGACGAUAAAAUUAUUAUAUUUCAUAAGAAUUCUCAUAACUUUUCAACAUGAGCAGUCAAAAUAUCAAUCCUGAUAGUAUACCUAGCUCAAAAAUCAACCAAGAUGAAUCAACUGUUUCAAAAGGAAGCGUAAAGGGAAGGUUGCAGAAGGAACUUAUGGCCCUAAUGAUGAGCACUGAAAAAAGUGUUUCAGCAUUUCCAGAAAAUGAAAACUUUUUCCGAUGGCUCGGUACCAUUGUUGGACCUAAGGACACUGUGUACGAAGGUCAACGCUAUCGUUUAUUGCUCGAGUUUCCAAAUUCUUAUCCUUACUCACCACCCGUAGUCACAUUUGUCACAAAAUGCUUCCACCCUAACAUCGACUUAAAUGGCGCCCUUUGUCUCGACAUUUUGAAGGAAAAGUGGUCAGCAUUGUAUGACGUGAGAACAAUUUUACUUUCUAUUCAAAGUCUUUUGGGAGAGCCAAACAAUGAUAGUCCACUAAACUCACAAGCUGCUACCUUAUGGGCUGAUCAAUAUGCAUACAAAAAGCAUCUCGAUCAGUUUUACGAAAAACAUAAAGAUGCAUGAUCGCCAUUUACCGAAUCACUAGCUGAAAUGUGAAUUGUGUGAGGGUGAAAGGAACAGUCUCGGCAAGUCCUCUCACAAAGAGAUAAAUUUAUAUUAUUUAAAAAUGUUUUUUCUUCUUUUUCUCUUUGAUUUAUUUUAUUCACACAUUUAUGUUUUCAUUUAAAUCUAUCGAUGUGUCACAAAUGAUCAUCUGAUGGGAAAUUCUUCUGAUAUUCAUAUUUUCCCUUUAUCUAAAUAUUCCAACUGUAACUAACUCCUUUCAAUUAAAUUUUCAAAAAUUCAUCAUUCCUCAAACAAACAAAUAAAAAGAAAAAGAAAUACAACAAUUAGCACCGAAGAUGAAAUCUCACAAUUUUUGUGAAUUUCUUUUUAGUUUAUGUAAUAAAAUUAAGAAUUUACAAACUGAUCAAUGAAA